AUGGUGCGCAAACAGAUUUCCACAAAAUCAACCAUCCUCUUCUUAUUCCUUACUCUUGUUGCUGCUGCCGCUCUCAUUUUCGACUACUUAUGGGCUUCAUCUUCAGCAAUCCAUUCUAAUCAUCUUCUAACCCUAACCAAAGAUGAGAAUGGUACGAGGCUACUAUCAGGCACAUUUGCUGAUUUAGCUGCACCCCUAAUCCAAUGGGAAGAGAUGGCGCCCGCACCUGUGCCCCGUCUUGACGGUGCCUCAAUACAGAUCAAUCAACUCUUUUUUGUGUUUUCGGGCUAUAGAAACCUUGACCAUGUACAUUCCCAUGUUGAUGUGUACAACAUUACAAGCAACAAAUGGGAACAAAGCUUUGCUACACCAAAAGAAAUGGCUAAUUCUCAUUUAGGAACAGCAAGUGAUGGCAGAUAUAUAUAUGUUGUCUCAGGCCAAAAGGGUCCCCAAUGUCGAACUCCUCCCAUCUCCCAAACAUUUGUCUUGGACACUCAAACAAGAAACUGGGAUUCCUUUCCCCCGUUACCAGAACCAAGGUACGCCCCGGCAACGCAAUUUUGGAGGGGAAGACUUCAUGUGAUGGGGGGUGGCAAAGAGAAUCGUCAUACACCCAGUACCGAUCACUGGAGUAUUGCAGUGGCCAACGGCAAACCUUUAGAGAAAACAUGGAGGAAAGAAGUGCCAAUUCCUCGUGGAGGUCCACACAGAGCUUGUGUUGCUGUGGGUGAUCGGUUGUACGUUAUUGGUGGUCAAGAGGGUGACUUCAUGCCGAAACCAGGGUCACCUAUCUUCAAGUGUUCGCGUAGGCACGAGGUAGUUUAUAGCGAUGUCUACAUGUUGGAUGACAAGAUGAAGUGGCAUACAUUGGCACCGAUGCCGAAGCCGGAUUCACAUAUAGAAUCUUCAUGGGUAGUUGUUAACAAUUCCAUCGUGAUCGCGGGAGGCACAACGGAGAAGAAUCCUGUCACAAAACGAAUGAUAUUGGUUGGAGAGUUGUUUAGAUUUGAUCUUCACUCCAAGAAAUGGCAUGUGAUCGGGAAGCUUCCUUAUCGUGUUAAAACGACACAAGCAGCUUACUGGGAUGGAUGGUUGUAUAUCACAUCCGGUCAGCGAGACAGGGGACCAGAUAAUCCGCAACCAAGAAAAGUGGUAGCCGACUUAUGGAGAACCAAAUUGAAGUUGUGAAAGAUACUGUUUUCACUAGAUUGCAUUUGAUCAAGUGUUCCCAUUUUGACUAGUAAGUUGUAAAUGAACAAUUAGAUUCAAGUUUUAUC